CCUGAGACAACAACUGCCCUCAUCACUGACCUCUUGACCCCAGACCCAUCCCACUCUGCCCCCCCCCCCCCCUUGUUGCUAAUGAACUUCAACACGCGGCAGCUGCAUUCUGGGAGCCAACAUGGCGCUGCCCACGGAUGAUUCUGAAAUUGAGGAAACAAAAGAGCCCCGUAUACGAGAGACCCCAGAAGACAUCACCUUUAGUGCCAUUGUAAAUACGAUUGCUUUCCACCCAACACGAGAUAUUAUCGCAGCGGGAGAUGUUGAUGGAGAUAUAUAUGUUUUCUCCUAUUCGUGUGAGGAGUCUGGAAACCAGGAGCUGUGGUCCUCGGGGCAUCACUUGAAAUCCUGCCGGAAAGUGGCAUUCACCGACAACGGGGAAGGACUCUUUACAGUUUCAAAAGAUAAAUCAGUUCACAUUCUCAAUGUUGAAAGAGGCAAGUUGACGAGGAGGAUUCCCAAAGCUCACAGUGUUGCUAUUAAUAGCUUGAAGCUGAUUGAUGAAAAUCUUUUUGCUACGGGAGACGAUGAUGGUUUGUUGAAAGUUUGGGAUUUGCGGAAGGAAACCUCUUUCAUGGAGAUGAAAAACCAUGAUGAUUAUAUUAGUGAUAUCACAAUUGACCAGAAUAAGAAGAUCUUGCUUACAACCAGUGGUGAUGGUACGAUGUGUGUUUUCAACAUUAAGAGACGCCGCUUUGACCUGCAAUCAGAGUUUCAGGAUGGUGACCUUACAUCACUGGCUAUAAUGAAGGGAGGCGGCAAGGUGGCCUGCAGUUCAUCAGAGGGAAUGAUCUACAUCUUCAACUGGAAUGGGUUUGGGGCAACCAGCGAUCGAUUCCAAGUGCAGAGAGAAUCCAUUGACUGUGUCGUGCCGAUCACUGAUAACAUUCUUUGUACAGCUUCCAUGGAUGGAGUUAUCAGGGCCGUUAAUAUUCUUCCCAAUCGAGUGAUUGGGAGUGUGGGGCAGCACCCCGGCGAGUCUAUCGAGCAGAUUGCCAAGUCCAGAGAGGGCCAUUUCCUCGCCAGCUGUGCCCAUGACGAGAAGGUGAAAUUUUGGGAUGUCUCUAACUUGCUUACAGUCAUUGUUGAUGACUACAGGAAACGGAAGAAGUCCGGAAAGCUGGAAUCAUUAAGCAAGAAAGCGUUUGGCUAUGGGCCUGGGAAUGGCUUUUUUGCUGAUCUUGCAGAGGAAAGUGUCGAGGGAGAAGAGAACAGCAAGAGCGACGAUGAAACCUUUGAUGCAUAGUAGGCUGUGCCUUUCCUGUGCCCUGAUCAGUUGCCAAGCUUUGUGAUUGGAUUAUGUCAUCUCGUGCAACAAAAAGCUCAUCUUCCUCUUAACUUGUGCAUGUUUGUGCAAAUGAGUGGAUCCCAGAGUCGAUAUUCUGCCAAAAUAGAUUUCUUGUGCAGAAACUUCUUCCAUUUACAAAGUUGGGUUGUUGACCUGAGAGUUGGGUUAGUUGUGCUUCUGAAGUCCGGCAAGGACUCUGGCUUCCCCCCAACUCCAAUUGUGUUUUAGUUGGACAAAGAGGGAAGACAAUGGUAAUUGUCUGAUAUAGUUUGUCUUCAGAAUUGGUUCAAUGGACUAUUAAUCCCACAUAUCAAAAUACCCUGCAUUUCAGAUGUAAAUAUCCCGUUCAAUUUUAAGUUUAUUGUCAUAUGCAUGAGUACAGCUCGGAACAGAUAAAAAGAAAAUCCUUUGCUAUAAAGAGCAAUUACUCCAUAGAUUGAAACAUCAAAGACUGUUGUAUGGUGUUACAAUAUAAUGUGUUGGCAGAAGCCAAAGGACAGAGUGACUCCAUGUGACCACCCAAAUGUUUUGUUCUUUCCAUCUGUGCUGAUUUUAUCACACUUCUGCCUAAUAAAAUGAUUGUGUACAUUCUGGUAAAAAAUAAUUGGUUUAAAAAA